UGUUGUUGAUAGUGGUCGGCUCGCGGAGUGCGCGGCGAAGGGACCGUUACUCUGAGGCGACGCAGUCUGGCGGCGGGAGGGCGCCUGAGGGGUCUGUCCUCGCGCCCGUACAACCCCCCCCCCUUGCGCAGUGCCCGCCGCGUGAGCCCGGCUCGCGUCGGGGUCCCUGUCCCGAGGCGGGGACGCCCCCUGCGCCAUCGCCCCUUGUCCCGGGCUGAGGCACCGAGCAGCGACCCCGCCCGGGCGAUGCGCUUGGCCGUGCUGGGCGCCGGCAGGUGAUUCCCCAGCGUCCGCUGCUCGUGCGAUCCGCCCGCCGCCGCCAUGGGGGACGGGGACGUCAACUCCAACCUGCUCAUCGCCCGCAGCACCGGGGACGCGCAGCUGGACAAGGCGGUCGGGCAAUGGCUCAGCUGGGACAAGCUUUCUGAAAUCUUGUUUGGAGGGCUUACUGAGAGUGCCUACAAGGUGAAAAAGAACCCUAAAACAAAAGAGCAGAUUGAAAACCUGGUACGGAAUGGGAUGAACAAAGAGCUGCGGGAUCGCCUCUGUUGCAGGCUGACCUUUGGGACUGCUGGACUUCGUUCUGCCAUGGGGGCAGGCUUUUGCUACAUUAAUGACCUUACAGUGAUCCAGUCAACACAGGGAAUGUACAAAUACCUUGAGAGGUGUUUUUCAGACUUCAGGCAGAGAGGCUUCGUUGUUGGAUAUGACACGCGAGGUCAGGUGACAAGCAGCUGCAGCAGUAAGAGACUUGCAAAGCUUACUGCAGCAGUCCUGCUUGCGAAAGGUGUACCUGUAUACUUGUUUUCAAAAUACGUACCUACGCCCUUUGUGCCCUAUGCCGUUCGGCAGCUCAAAGCUGCAGCUGGUGUGAUGAUCACAGCCUCCCAUAACCGUAAGGAGGACAAUGGAUACAAGGUUUAUUGGGAAAAUGGAGCUCAGAUCACAUCUCCCCAUGACAAAGAGAUCCUGAAAUGUAUAGAAGAAUGUGUUGAACCAUGGAAUGGUUCCUGGAAUGAGAAUCUAGUAGACACCAGUCCUCUUACACGAGAUCCUCUGGAGGAAAUUUCUAAAAUCUAUAUGGAAGACCUGAAAAAGAUCUGCUAUCACAGGGAACUGAACACAAAGACCAACUUGAAAUUCAUCCAUACAUCUUUCCAUGGCGUUGGACAUGACUAUGUCCAGUUGGCUUUUAAAGCAUUUGGCUUUAAGCCUCCCAUUCCAGUACCAGAACAAAAGGAUCCAGAUCCAGAUUUUUCUACCGUUAAAUGUCCAAAUCCUGAAGAAGGAGAAUCUGUGCUGGAGUUGUCUCUGAGGCUUGCAGAGAAAGAAAGCGCUAGGGUGGUGGUGGCCACUGAUCCCGAUGCAGACAGAUUGGCGGUGGCAGAACUACAAGAGAAUGGUCGUUGGAAAGUGUUCACCGGCAAUGAGCUGGCUGCUUUGUUUGGAUGGUGGAUGUUCAGGAGCUGGAAGGCGAACAGUUCCAAAGAAGCUGAUGUGAAGAACGUUUACAUGUUAGCAACCACAGUCUCCUCCAAAAUUCUGAAGGCGAUUGCACUUAAAGAAGGAUUUCACUUUGAAGAAACACUGCCUGGUUUUAAAUGGAUUGGAAGCAGAGUAAAAGAUCUCCUAGACAAUGGGAAAGAAGUUCUUUUUGCAUUUGAAGAGUCUAUUGGUUUCAUGUGUGGCACAUCAGUGUUGGAUAAGGAUGGCGUGAGUGCAGCUGUGGUUAUAGCUGAAAUGGCAUCUUAUCUGGAAACCAAGAACCUAACAUUGGCACAGCAACUAACUGAAAUAUAUGAAAUGUAUGGAUAUCACAUUUCAAAGACCUCCUAUUUCUUGUGCUAUGAACCUUCUACUAUCAAAAGAGUAUUCGAAAAGCUUCGGAAUUUUGAUUCCCCAAAAUCUUAUCCAAAGUCUUGUGGCGCUUAUGGUAUAUUACACGUACGGGAUGUUACCACUGGCUAUGAUAGCAGCCAGCUUAAUAAGAAAUCGGUGUUGCCUAUGAGUAAAAACAGUCAAAUGAUCACCUUCACCUUUCAAAAUGGGUGUGUUGCCACCCUCCGGACAAGUGGAACUGAGCCAAAGAUCAAGUACUAUGCAGAGAUGUGUGCUCGGCCUGAGCAGAGUGACAAAACCUUUCUGGAAGAACUACUACAGAAAGUCAUUGAAGCUUUGAUUGAGAAUUUUUUGGAGCCCAGUAAGAAUGGACUGAUCUGGCGUUCCAUGUAGAUCUCUUCCAACAGUUUGUUGUAGAAGUGACUCUCCUUGUGCUGUAUCAUGUGAAACAAAGGAACCAAGUUCAGAACUCCAUUUAGCAUUAGUUGUGUGUACGUGUGUGUGUCAGUUACCUAACUGGCUAAAUUCUUAAAACCAAUAAAGAGGCAGCAUCUUUUUGUCAGUUUUCCAGCAAAAAGCUAUGGCUGGCAAAUUGAUUUAGGGGAGUUAAUAUCUACAGUUUCAUGUUCUUUUGACCAAAAGACACGUGUAUAUUAUCAUAAUGAAGUCAACUCCUGUAGUUCAAAAUGUAGCACUCCAGAGGGUUAAGACUGCUAAACUCUGCUGUAGCGUAAGUCACCGAGUUUCAUGGUGAAUGAAUUAAUACCUAGCACCUUUUGAUUUGAAAAGACUUGAAUUCAAAAAGUUCUGUUAGUUAUAAGUGUAUUUGAAGGGAAUUAGCAAUCACAUAAGACUGACAAAAUGAGCCAGCUUCUUCAUUGCUGUGGAGUGUGUAGGUAUCAUUUACUGUUACAGGUCUUAAUUUACAAGUAUGUUAAAAUAGUUUCGUAUUUAAACUGUCUAGUUUAGACAGGUUGUUAUAGUAUAUGGUUUUCAGCCAUUUAAAUGUCCUAGUAUUAGAGAGGCUUUUGGUGCAUUGUAUUUUUUCCUGUGUAUCUUAAAAUACAGAUGUUUACUUAACGGUGAAACAAUAGUGGCAACUCCAUGCAAUUUGAUUCACAGCUUGGUUUUUGACUGAUCAAACGGCGCCUUUCCAGGAUGUCUUAAUCAGGGGAAAUAAUCUGUGUCUUGUUUAAAUUAGUGAUUCUAACCACCAGAUGCCCAUUGAGCAUAGUUUAAUCAGUUAGCUUUCUUUCAUUUUAUAAAACUCUCCCAAAAUAUUCUGGAUCUCAUUCUAUGUUAUCUAAAAGCAGGCUGUUCUAAAAUAUAGAUGCCUUGUGAAUGCAGUUUUGGGAGGACUAUGUGAAAAUCCAGUUAAUAUUUCUCUUACAUCGUGAAACUACAGUGUCCAUGUUUUCUGCUCACUUAUGAGAGAGGAAGCUAAUGGAAGUUAAACAUGAGAUCUGUGUAUUCACCCCUUUACUCUCACUUUUCUUCACUUACAGUUGCAUCUACAAAUUAGCUCCUGAUAUUGCCUGCCUGCAAAUAUUUGGUCCUUCCUCUAAACUCACUUUAAUUAUCUGUUUGUGUAAAUGUUUAGCUAUUCCUGAUUAUAUAAUUCCUAACUAGUCCCUUACUCUGCUUUGACUGGAACCUGGUUUUCUUAAUGUGGAAAGUCUUCGGAAGGUUUCUGUGAGCACCUGGUCUGGGAAAAGUGCAUUUUAAAAAGCAUACUGCUUCCCUGUUCGGCCUCCUCUGGAUGCUCAUGUCCCUGGGGUGCAGACUAAUGCUUGUCACUUUGUCUUUCUAAACUGGUGAUAGAAAUCUCUAAAAUAAAACUCUGAUGCUCUGGACAUCUAGCCACUAUGGUACUAAAAUAGACUAAGUGGAACAAUUGAACACAUAACUACAUAGUAUGGUGUCUAAUGCCCAAACAUGGUUAUAGGACUCUAGUAAUAUCUUUUUUGAUUGAUCAGCUCUAAAUCAGUGAUUAGCUGGGUUCAUAAAUCCCAAGAGGCACUUGUUUAAACCAUUGUUUGCCACUAUUGUUAAACCUUUGAAUUUGUCCUCUAUUAUACCCUUAUAACUAGGUUCUGUAGGACAGUGCAGAACGAUGCUGUACAUAUCUCAGCUAGGCAGAUAUAAAGGACAAUAUGUUUUCUGUUUCUGUGCAGAUAUUGGAUAUGUUAUGCUGACAGAGGCUUUGCACUAUGACCAUAAAUACAUAUUUUAGCUAUAUAUGAAUGUACAUGUACUGUAGGAAGUUGUUGCACAGAUUCUUAUUUUCAAGCAAUGUUUGUUUAUUUUUUUAUUUUAAGUGAUAUUUCCAAGUUGUCCACACAAUUGAGUGAAAUUUCUCUUAUGCCAAAAAGCGUUCUUUCCCUUGAUUAUUGUAUAUUUGUGAGUGCGAUAGUUGGGGGGAGGAAGAAAUGGGUGAAAGCAAUGAAGCUUUACUGCUUUCACAAUAUUGCACAGAAUUGGAAGGUAUCCAAAGAUAUGUGGGGCAAGUCUUUUUAAGUUGCUGCUUGGACUUUGCAUUUUUUUUUUUUUCUGAUGGAAAUUAAACUUCAGACCUGAUUCUGGUCUCACUAAAGUGAGUGGACGCAUUGCCAUUAAUUACAUUGGCAGCAGGAUCAAGUCCUUGGAGUUUUGAAUCUUUUUUUUUUUUUUUUUU